UUUUCUCUCAGUGAUACUAUGUUAUCUGGGAUACCUGCCUGGUUUAGGGGGAUGGUCUGACACGUCCCAGAAUGUAAAUAAAGAAAAUUAAAUAAACAUUUUUAUUCCUAAAAAACUGGUCUCAUCAGAAACUGGUUUGAAAUUAAUUUGGUUAAAUGGGAGCCUCCAAGAAAUCAGAUGAGGAAAGAACUUGCUAAUAUCAAACCUUGCAGUGCUCCUAUUCUACAAGUUCCCUCCAGCAGCUAGCUGACGUCCUCCUCCCUGUGGAUUUGAGCUCCACCAUCUCAGGGGCACCCUAAAGAAAACAAGUGUUUGUAGAGACCAGGCCAGUGUUGCAAGGCCGUCAGAAAGAGCAGUUGCAGAAUUCCUCCCUUGUCACACUGGAUUCUUACUUGUUUUGCAGCAGUAGCUGUCUUUUACAGGGCAGACUCCUGUACUUGCAUUCCUGUCUUGUAGCUACUUUCUUUCUCACCCCCAAUCCAGAGCAAUCCAGUAACACCAUGGCUGGUGCUGAGAAGGGCCUGUCCUGUCAUGAGUUUGUCUCAGUUUGGUUUAUCAAAUGAAAAAGCCCAGGUUUUCGGAUGUCAUCCUGGCAACAAUUUUGGCUACCAAGUCAGAUAUGUGUGGCAAAAAGUUUGAACUGAAGAUUGAUAAUGUUCGCUUUGUUGGCCAUCCCACAUUGCUUCAGCAUGCCCUGGGGCAGGUAUCCAAAACUGAUCCCUCACCAAAGAGAGAGAUGCCCACAAUGAUUCUCUUCAACGUGGUGUUUGCACUAAGGGCCAAUGCAGAUCCCUCUGUCAUAAACUGCUUACACAAUCUUUCCCGAAGAAUCGCCAUAGUCUUGCAGCACGAGGAGCGCCGCUGCCAGUACCUGACCAGGGAGGCCAAGCUGAUCUUAGCUAUUCAGGAUGAAGUGUCUGCCAUGUCAGAAACCACAGAAGGGCCACAGUCACCGUUUCAUCACAUUCUACCCAAGUGCAAACUGGCCAGAGAUCUCAAAGAGACAUAUGACAGUCUCUGCACAACAGGGGUGGUCCGUUUACAUAUCAACAACUGGCUGGAAGUGAGUUUCUGCCUGCCUCAUAAAAUCCAUUAUGUUGCCACAAACUUUAUACCCCCUGAAGCAAUUGAAAGAAGCCUGAAAUCCAUCAGGCCCUACCAUGCCUUAUUACUUUUAAAUGAUGAGAAGUCAUUGCUUAAUGAGCUCCCAUUGGACUGCUCUCCUGCCCUGGUGAGAGUAAUUAAAACUACCUCUGCUGUGAAGAAUUUGCAGCAACUGGCUCAAGAUGCUGACUUGGCAUUGCUGCAGGUUUUCCAGCUUGCUGCACAUCUCGUUUACUGGGGAAAAGCAAUUAUUAUUUAUCCACUGUGUGAAAACAAUGUCUACAUGCUUUCUCCAAACGCCAGUGUCUGUCUUUACUCUCCUUUAGCAGAUGCAUUUUCUUGUCAGUUCCGGGGGCACAACCUGCCGUCAAUUCUUUCCAAGUUCUCCCUUCCAGUGUCACUCUCGGAGUUCAAGAACCCACUCGCGCCACCUGUUCAGGAGACUCAGCUCAUUCAAAUGGUGAUAUGGAUGCUCCAACACCGGCUUCUUAUUCAGCUUCACACUUACGUCUGUCUGAUGGUGCCGCCAAAUGAGGAGGAUUUCCGAGCCCAAGAUGAAGACAUGCCUUUUACAGCCAGAGUUGGAGGCCGAAGUUUAAGCACCCCCAAUGCCCUCAGCUUUGGCUCUCCAACUAGUAGUGAUGACAUGACUCUGACAAGCCCUAGCAUGGAUAAUUCCAGUGCUGAGUUGAUACCUGGUGGGGACUCACCCCUAAAUAAAAGGAUGACGGAGAAUCUACUAGCAAGCUUGUUGGAACAUGAGCGGGAAGCUAUACUUAAUGUCCCUGCUGCCCAAAAUCCAGAAGAUCUUCGCAUGUUUGCGAGGCUGCUGCACUAUUUCCGGGGCCGGCACCACUUGGAGGAGAUCAUGUACAACGAGAACAUGCGUCGCUCCCAGCUGCUGAUGCUGUUUGACAAGUUCCGCAGUGUGCUGGUAGUGACCAGCCACGAGGACCCCGUGAUUUCAGUUUUCCAAUCCCUCUUAAAGUGACUGAUGGCAAAGGAUGGGAACCUGCUACACUCUCCAUACUGACAGUAGAAAAGAUGCCUAAAAACUGCAGGAGGUGACUUCAGUUCCUUCUUGCCAUGUGGCACAGAGCAGGUUCUCUCUCCCCCUCUGUGCCUGAGUUUCCCACCUGCUGCCUGUGGUGGCAGCUGAGGCUGGUCUGUGUGAGGGGUUUGGGGCCUGCUCCAGGACAGCUUGGUCAGCCUGGAUUCCUGCUGUGCCACAUCCACAGCAUGGCAGCUGCUGGUGCAGAGCCCCUCCCUG